UGGAGGUUGGCUCAUUUCCACUUGCCUUAAAAAAACAGCAAAGCUCAUCAAAAAGUCGAGUUAGUUAGGGUUUUUUUUGUUUUUGUUUGAAACGAAGGUCGAGUUAGUUUGGGAGUUCCCGAAUUGGAUCUAUUUAGCUCCGAGCAAGGCCACUCACUAGUCACUACCCUCUCUUAAAAAACGGCGGCAGUACGCCAACGUUCUUCUUUCUGUUCUUCCCAAAUUCCACUUUCACUCUAUUUUUGUUUUAUUCGAAAAUCAGUUGUACUCAAUAAUCAAUUACCUGCUGCCCAAAAAAAAAAAAAAAAAAAAAAAAAAUCAAUUACCUACAAAAACUUAAAUUUCCCACUUACAAGAUUACUACUAUCGUAUUGUACAAAGGUUUUAAUUCAAUAAAAUAAAAAAAGGUGGGAUUUUUUUUCCGGUUAAUUUAGGGUGAGAUUACAUUUAUUCGUUACUAUAUGAUGGGAAUUGACGGAAAUUUUGAGGAAAUUCUACAAGAGGGCAAGCUUUAUCGCGAUGUUAAUGCUUUGAUUGUUGCUCAUCUUCGUGACAAUAAUCUCAAUCAGGCUGCCAGUGCAGUUGCUUCUGCUACAAUGACCCCUUUGAAUGUCGAAGCACCUCCGAAUCGACUUCUUGAUUUAGUUUCUAAGGGUCUUGCAGUAGAGAAAGGCGAGCCUAUAAAAGGGGUUUCUGCAUCCACAUUGUUUGAUUCUGGUUCUGCCAUACCCGCAGCUUAUGGGUCGAUCCCGGUUCCUCGAACUGCUGCAAUUGAUUUCAGUGCCUCACCGGACGUUAAAGGCGCAUCUAAGACUUUCCCGGACCAUGAGACAAGGCAUGUGUCAGAGCAUAAGAAUAUUGCAAGAUGUGCGAGAUUUAGCCCUGAUGGGAGAUAUGUAGCUACAGGAAGUGCAGACACAUCCAUUAAGCUCUUCGAGGUUGCAAAAAUAAAGCAAAUGAUGCUACCAGAGGCCAGAGAUGGCUCCGUUCGACCAGUCAUUCGGACAUUCUAUGAUCAUAUACAACCAAUAAAUGAUUUAGAUUUCCAUCCACAGAAUACUAUAUUGAUUUCUGGCGCCAAAGACCAUACAAUAAAGUUUUUUGAUUUUUCUAAAACAACAGCAAAAAGAGCUUUCAGAGUCAUUCAGGAUACUCACAAUGUGCGAUCAGUAUCAUUUCAUCCUUCAGGGGAUUAUCUUUUGGCUGGUACUGAUCAUGCAAUUCCACAUUUGUAUGAUAUCAACACAUUCAAGUGUUACUUGUCAGCUGUUUCUGAAGAUGUUGCUGGCACUGCAGCCAUAAAUCAAGUAAGGUAUUCUUCCACUGGAGGCAUGUAUGUCACAGCAUCUAAAGACGGGGCUGUUCGAUUAUGGGACGGUGUCAGUGCCAAGUGUGUGCGGCCCUUAAUCGGUGCACAUGGAACUGAAGCCACUAGUGCAUCUUUCACCAAGGAUCACAGGUUUAUUCUGUCAUGUGGCAAGGAUUCCACUGUUAAACUCUGGGAGGUUGGCACUGGAAGAUUGGUGAAGCAGUAUGUGGGAGCUACACACACGCAAUUGCGGUGCCAGGCUGUUUUCAGUUUCACCGAGGAGUUCAUAUUGUCCAUAGAUGAACCCAGGAAUGAGAUUGUUGUCUGGGAUGCAUUAACUGCGGCAGAGGUAACAAGACUCCGGUCAAAUCAUAUUGGACCACCCCGGUGGAUAGAACACUCACCUGUAGAGGCAGCAUUUGUUUCUUGUGGAACUGAUCGAUCUAUUAGAUUCUGGAAGGAGGUUCUCUAACUUACAGGAGCGAUACAUAGCUUGCUGACUUUCGAAGGCAGUAGACAUUUACUUGAUCGUGGAUGAUUACUAUUGCUAUUAUCCACACUUUUUGUUUCGUUUAGUGUUGUAUCAUCCCAUAUACUGUAUCUGUAUGAAGAAUAACAUUGUAUUGCCUAUAUGUUGUACUAUAUUGCAUAAAUUCUACGACAAA